CUCUUUCUUCUUCUUCUUCAUAUUCUUCAACUGCUUCAAAUGCUUCAAAUGGCUGCAACUUUUGUACUCAUUUCCAUCUUGUUUCCUCUUCUUCUUUGCUUUUUCUGGAAAAUUCAUAAGAACAACAGGAUUCCAAACAAGAAACUCCCUCCUGGAUCAAUGGGCUGGCCUCUAAUUGGCGAGACCUUUCAUUUCUACUCGCAAGAUCUUACCUUUUUCUUUAGAAAACAGAAAAGGUACGGGGAGAUAUUCAAGACUCACAUUCAUGGGUGUCCCUGUGUGAUGUUGACCACUCCCGAGGCAGCUCGCUUCGUGCUCGUCACACAGGCUCAUCUCUUCAAACCCACAUACCCACAAAGCAAAGAGCGACUCAUCGGACCAUCGGCUCUGUUUUUCCACCAAAGUGAAACCCAUUUGCGCCUUCGUAAGCUAAUCCAAAGCUCCCUCUCACCGGACCCUGUUCGGACCUUGGUCCCUCACAUCCACGCCCUCGCUAUCUCUACAUUGCCCUCGUGGCUCAAUGGCCAUCUCAUCAAUACUCUCCAUCAAAUGAAGAAGUUCUCUUUUGAAGUCGGAAUUCUGGUAAUUUUCGGGCAUUUGGAGAACGCCAAUUACAGAGACGAACUAUUGAAGAACUAUUCCAUAGUGAACAAAGGCUACAAUUCUUUCCCCACCAACUUUCCCGGAAGCAUAUACAAAAAAGCACUUAAAGCAAGAAACAGACUGGGAGAGAUCAUAAACUGUAUAAUCUCAGAGAAAAGGGAGCAGAGAAAGGAAUUAGAGGAGAAGAAUCUGCUGGCGUGUCUCCUAAAAUGGAGAGAUGAAAAAGGAGAAAGCUUAAGCGACGACCAGAUCGCCGACAACAUCAUCGGAGUCCUGUUUGCGGCUCAGGACACCACCGCCAGUGUUCUCACUUGGGUUGUUAAAUAUCUCCACGAUAAUGACAAAAUUCUAGAAGCAGUCAAGGUGGAACAAAGGGCAAUUCAAGAAGCCAUUAAUGAGGGGAGCCGAGCAAUGAGCUGGGCAGACACACGAAACAUGCCAUUUACCAACAAGGUCGUGUUGGAGAGCUUGAGAAUGGCGACCGUUAUAUCUUUCUCAUUUAGAGAAGCUGUGACCGACGUUGAAUACAAUGGAUAUUUAAUUCCAAAGGGUUGGAAAGUAAUGCCUUUGUUCAGGAAUAUUCAUCACAAUCCUGACUACUUUCUACACCCUCACAAAUUUGAUCCUUCAAGAUUUGAGGUUGCUCCAAGGCCCAAUACAUUCAUUCCAUUUGGCAGUGGGGUCCAUGCCUGCCCUGGUAAUGACCUUGCCAAGCUUGAAAUCUUGAUCAUGAUCCACCAUUUAGUCACCAAAUUCAGGUGGGAAUUGGCAGGACAGAAAGAUGGGAUUGAGCAUGGCCCAUUUCCAGUUCCUAGGGAUGGGCUUCCUAUCAGACUCUGGAGAUUAUCAAACUGAAAUUGGGCCUCAUUUCACUAUAGCCCAAAGCGGGUCCUCUUAGUGAAAAUGGGCCGCAUUUGAGUAAGCCCAAAAGGGGUUUUUUUUUUUUUUUCCUUUAUUUUUCUCUCUUUUGUCCUUGUGUAAUUUGAGUUGGCCUAUUUGGUGAGUGUCAAGCUAGAGAUCCAUCCACCCCCAAUUAAAUAUGGUGGCUUUGGUGAUAUAUAUAUAUAUAUAAAAUCACUAAUGAAAAAAAAAAAAAGAAAAAAGAAAAAAAAAAAGAAAAGGAAAAGUCCUUCACUUAGUUUGCAAUACCAUGUAAUUUCUACAAGGCUCUUCAACAAAUGUAUUAUGAGAGCAUAGUUUCUCCUAAAGGAGAAUUUUUAGUUCAUAUAAUAAAUUUAUCAAUUCUGUUGCCAUCAAA